AUGCCUGCCAGUUUAGCAGAAGAUUGGCCAUUUUCUGAUGCCCCUUUAAUUUUGAUCAGGUAUGACUAUUCUGGGUAUGGGCAGUCAUCUGGAAAGCCCAGCGAGCAACAUACAUAUGCUGAUAUUGAAGCCGCAUACAAGUGUCUUGAGGAGAAUUAUGGUACUAAACAGGAAGAUGUUAUUCUCUACGGUCAGUCUGUUGGAAGUGGACCAACUUUGGAUCUUGCAUCUCGUUUGCCUCGAUUAAGAGCUGUUGUCCUGCAUAGUCCUAUACUGUCUGGCUUAAGAGUUAUGUAUCCUGUUAAACGCACAUAUUGGUUUGACAUCUACAAGAACAUCGACAAAAUCCUGCUGGUCAAAUGUCUCGUUCUCGUCAUUCAUGGAACUGCAGAUGAAGUUGUGGACUUCUCGCACGGUAAGCAGCUCUGGGAACUAUGCAAGGAAAAAUACGAACCCUUAUGGAUCAAAGGAGGAACUCACUGCGAUUUAGAACUCUAUCCUGAGUAUAUCAGACAUUUGAAGAAGUUUGUGGCCACAACUCCAUCACAGAGGAUGAGUGCAAGGAAAAGCGUGGACCAGUUUGAGCCAUCUAGGAAGAGUACAGAUAUUUUCGAGGCUUCAAGAAAGAGCACUGACAGGAGAGAAAAGCCCAGGCGCAGCACUGACAAGCCUGAACAUAUAAAAAGUCAGUCAAAUAAUCCUGAUAAGCUAAGGAUCUCAUUUGAUCAAAUUGAUAGGUCUCGGAGGAGUGUCGACUGCAUUGAAAAAUCCCGGAAAAGUAUCGACCUUCAACUCGAAAGAGGUCGGAAGAGUGUUGACCGGUUCGAAAGGGUUGUUUUGGUAUGCGUUUCACACAGGAUCCAGGUCCUUGGUGACCCGGUGCUUGUAAAUUUCGGCAGCCACGGUGGAGAGUAUCGCCGCGCACAGCGGCUGUGA